CACAGAUGGGUGAUAUCCCAAGUGAGCCGAAUAAUUACAUACACACAGCCUGUACGCCCCGUGAGGGCGGGGAAGCUGUUUCAGUACAGGAGAGGAGCUGGUACACCUGUGCAGGACUGAAGGGGAGGAGCCGGUACACCUGUGCAAGACUGAAGGGGAGGAGCCGGUACACCUGUGUGAAAGACUGAAGGGGAGGAGCCGGUACACCUGUGCAAGACUGAAGGGGAGGAGCCGAUACACCUGUGCAAGACUGAAGGGGAGGAGCCGGUACACCUGUGCAAGACUGAAGGGGAGGAGCCGGUACACCUGUGCAAGACUGAAGGGGAGGAGCAGGUACACCUGUGCAAGACUGAAGGGGAGGAGCCGGUACACCUGUGCAAGACUGAAGGGGAGGAGCCGGUACACCUGUGCAAGACUGAAGGGGAGGAGCCGGUACACCUGUGCAAGACUGA